UGCGCGUGAGUUGGAAAAGGUCCACCUCCUUCAACCUUCACCAUAUGAAGUCUGUUUUCCUUCUUGAGUUUACUCUGUUAACCGACUUGAUAAACAUUAGAAAUGACUUUUGCGCCUCUCCGACAGAUCUAUAGCGACAGAAGAGAAAGAUAGCACCUUUUUUUUCGACAUGUUUAUGUUGUCGCUGUGUUUUGUGGAAGCGCUCUGUGAGGUGAUUGACUGCAGAUGAAGCCUUUUGUGAGAAGAUCAGAAUGAGACCCACAAGGAGUGUCAUCAUUUUACUUUGUCCCAUGCUGGUGCUGGGUUUCCUCUACUAUUCUGCUGGAAGACUACAACUGAGAACCCCAGUCCAAAAAGCUCAACCUGAUUUGGAUUCUUUACGCUCCACAGGACGUGAAGUAGCUUCAGUGUACGACAACCAGGGAUUCCUUCACAAGCUUGACGGAAAACUACCCCUGGAGCUCCAGUAUAAAUAUGGUAAUCUCAGUAAAGGCGAGUGUAAACCAGGUUACACGGAGGCCAAGAUGACCUCAAUCUAUCCAAAGUUUUUAAAGCCAGCCCCCAUGUUCCUCGACAAAAAUUUUAAACGUCUGUCAAAGAUCAGCAGUUACCAACCUCCCUUCGGAGUAAAAACACAAGAGAAGAUCAUCGAUAAUAUUUUGGACGGUACAAAGAUCUAUUCACUGGGUUCAGAACUGGACAGUAUGAGUUGUAUGAGGUGUAUUAUUAUUGGUAAUGGAGGAAUUCUGUCUAACAAGUCCCUAGGCUCCAAAAUCGAUGAAUAUGACGUUGUUGUACGGCUAAACGAAGCUCCAGUCAGCGGGUUCGAGAAAGACGUGGGCUCUAAGACCACCAUGCGUAUCACCUACCCUGAGGGAACCAUCCAGAAACUUGAGCGUUACGAGAAGAACUCACUUUUUGUCCUCUCCGCCUUCAAACCGGUGGACUUCAAAUGGCUACGUCACAUUGUGUAUAAUAAGGAAAAAAUGCGGAAAAUGGAGGGAUUUUGGAAAUCUGUGGCACGUGUCAUUCCCAGAGAACCCGAGGAAAUUCGUAUCCUGAACCCGUAUUUCAUCCAAGAAGCAGCUUUCAAAUUCAUCGGCCUUCCGCACAACAAUGGCGUCAUGGGACGAGGGAAUAUUCCUACGUUGGGGACGGUUGCGAUCACGAUGGCCCUUCAUAACUGUGAUGAAGUGGCUGUGGCCGGAUUCGGGUAUGACAUGAGUACACCCAGAGCCCCUCUGCAUUAUUAUGAGAAGCUCAUGAUGUCAGCGAUCAAAGAGUCAUGGACACACAACAUAUCCAAAGAAAAGGAGUUUCUUCAGAAGCUGGUCAAGGGCGGCGUCAUUCAGGAUUUAACCGGUGGGAUCUGACAUCACCGGCCCGGUGGAUCACGUGAUACCAUUAGAGGAACAGACAUCACUGCUUUUGCUCACGGUAUCCAUGUUUUCACCUCGAACACUAUAGUGCUUGUUUUAAAGACACAGAAAAAACAAGCCCGUCCUUGCUCGGAGCAGCGACGCAGCUUUGGAAGAAAUUCUGCAGACCUGCUGCUUUACCCUGUUUUUUUACUUCACAGCAGAGACACAAACUGUGUUUUUAUGCCCUCAGUAUUUAUUAGACAGUAUUUUAAUCAGUCCAUAAGAUGCUUUAUUUUAUAAACUUUGAUGCUUUAAGACUUUUGCCUUCGAUCUCAGGCUACGCACAACAGCACCGAACAAACGAUUGUUCUUGAUGACUUUCUGCUGCUCUGAUCUGUGCCAUUAACUGGAUCAUAUUCUUGUUGUCUGCAUUUCACACAAGUAUAUACAUCUCUCUGUGUUACCUGAGACCAGGUCUAUUAAAGUAUUAUUAUGACCAUU